AUGGCCAACAUUGAUCCCGUAAAUGAGCCAUAUGACGACAAUUUGUAUUUUGAUCCCUCGGUUUUGGACCAAAAUGAAUAUGAAGAUUUCUCUCACUUCUUCCAAGUUGAUAUUGUGUUCGGUAGUAGGGAAGAAUUAAUCAACUGGGCGAAAGUAACUGCAGUUAGUCAUUGUCACUGUUUGAUUUGUCAGUCUAAAAGGGAGAAUGCACAGUACAUGACGUGUGACAAAUACGGACAUGGCCGACAAACGAAUAUCGAUGUGGAAGAUCCUAGAAACAAAGGAACAAAAAAAUGUGGAUGUCCGUUCAAAUUGAUUGGCAAAAAGUCAAGGUUUGAUGAAUUAUGGCGGUUGACUGUCAGCGAUGGCAGGCAUAGUCAUUGUCCGGCUUUGUUUCCUCACGGACAAGAUAUAUUGAGGAAAGAUGAUCCGACGAUACAAACCUCUAUGAAGCAUGUUUACAAUGAGUUGGCCAAGAUUAAAUCUGAGAAAAUGGAGGGCAUGACUGUUAUUCAGUUUAUGAUGCAUAACUUUCAACAAGGCGAGUAUCGAUAUUGGCAUCGCGUCGAUAGUGAAACGAGCAACACUAUUACAGAUAUUAUGUUUGCAUGUCCCGAAUCUAUUAAGUUAUUACGGUUGUUCCCAAAUGUUGAGGCAAAUGCGACGAAAUUUAUGGGAGGCAAGAAAGACCAAGGUCUAAUAUUCCGACGUGUGCUGUGGGCUAAGCUGGUGAAAUCAGAAACCGAAGAAGAGUAUCAUUACAAUUACAAUGAAACUGUUGGACGGUAUGCAGGGUAUCCUAGGCUGAUACAGUAUUUGAAUGAUACGUGGUUGAUAUACAAGGAGAAGUUUGUUCGAGCCUAUACUCGCAAUGUGUAUCAUUUUGGCAACACGAGCACCAACAUGGUGGAGAGUGCUCAUUCUUCAGCGAAUGGUUGGUUAAAUGCUUCGACCGGAGGUAUGGAUAACGUGCAAGGUAAACUUCGGGACCAAGUUUAUAUCCAAAUUAGUCAGCUGAAGUGCGAUUUUUCAUUAUCAUCCAAGAUAAGGAAGCAUACUGCAGCAUGGCCGUGUUUUCAGGGUUUGAUUUGUUAUGUUACGCAUCUGGCAUUAGAGAAGUUGGAUCAAGAGAUGGAGUCCCCGGCGAUGCAAGAUCCGAGUAUUUGCACACACUAUCUUUGGAAUACUCAUGGGCUCCCAUGCACGUGCAAAAUUGUGCAGAAAAUGGAAGAUAAUGACAUGUUCGUCAUUUUAGACUUGCAUCCAAUCUGGAGUAUCAUGGCAGUUGAGCCUUCGGAGCUACCUGAGUAUCAAGUAGACCCCGAGGAGAUUGUGGAUAGACAGAUUGAUGACCUGAAUUGCAAUUUGAAGAAGAUGAAUUACACGAGUAAGAUAAAUGCCGUGGCCUCAUUGCGUGGCAUCGUUUAUCCGUCUACGUCGCAUCUGUCCGAGCCAUCAUUUGUUAAGACCAAAGGACGACCAAAGAAUAACUCGACAAAGAGAGACCCUUCUGGAUGGCAAUAUCAUAUUGAUGAGGAGACAAUUAAGUCGUCUUGUGGUUCCAAGGGUCGCCAAACCUCAUCUGUUGCAAAGAUUCCUAAAGCAAAGGUUGAGAGAAGCACUGAUGGAACGCCUCAAUCGAAGAUGAAAGGUCGUGGUUCUCGUAUUCCCACACAAGAAUCUGCUGCCCCUACAAUACCUGCACAUGAAGGAAUCGACUUUUAUUCUUUCGUGCCCAGAUUUAUGGUCCGUCUUAUUAAAGAUUAUGUUAACGUGAUGGCGGAUGGCAACUGUGGGUACCAGUGCGUUGCUCAAGCCGUGUACGGGGACCAAGAAAGAUGGCCGCAAGUGAGAGGGGAGUUGCUUAUUGAGUUAUACGAGCAUGCUAGUGUGUACACGGCGAUGUUUGGCAGUACCGGAUCUGUUGAGGUCAUACGCACGUGUGACUGA